AUGAAUUAUGUAAUUGCCAAUCCUGAAAAAUCAUUCCAAAUUUUUGAGGAAAAAGAUGUUGAUAAAACUGAUGUUAAGUUUAAUGACUCUGAUAAGAAGUAUGAGAUUCUGGAUGAUGGAGAGUACAGCAAUGCAGACAUUUUUUCUAAUCGCUCAGAAACUCCUAUCACUAAUACAACUGAAAACAAUGAUAAUCACGAAACACAUGACUUUUGCCUUGACGAAUUUGCAAUGAAUUAUGCAAAAAAAUAUGCAACUUCAAUGAUUACUGAAUUUGAAAAAGAAAAAGUACAUGUGGAUUGGUUUGGAUCUGACAUUAAUAUACAAUUAGAGGUAGAAUCAAUUUGGACUUCAUCAGUGGAUGAUAAUGAAAACACUGAUUAUGAGUUAAAUGAUUUCAUUUUAAUUGAGAUCAGGAUGGCGCUCAUAAACACGGCUUAA